GUGUGUUUGUUUGUGGCCGAAGAGAAACAAGUAGUAGGCAGAGAUGGGUUCUCUCAUGGCAGGAUGGUCGUCACCCGUUUUGGAUCCGGAAACAGUUCGACACAGGAGGAACAGAUCACUGACGAAAGAAGAGAUCGAGAUCUACCGGAGUUCUCACGGGCGAGUCGAAGGAGAAAAAGGCCCGUACGAGUCGCGAUCAGCUCCGAAUUCUCCAAAACGGCAUCAGGAGACGGAUGAGUUAGACCUGAGGAGGUCUCUGUUGUGGCACCAACUCCAGAACACCGAGCCCGCGGCGGAGCCGUUGCCGGACAAUCCCACCAACACCGGCGACUGGUGGACAAGGAGCAAUUCGGCCUUCCUGAACGAGCCGCCGCGCGAGGAGGCGGACGUCGCGGCGCACAAGUACACGGCUCAGUUCCAUGUCGCCGAGCUCGCCACCAAGAAAGCCCGUGCUUAGCUCCUAUGCCGGACGACAUGAUCUUGCGGUGUUCGAGUUCCGAUGUCGAGAUGGUCGGAGAAAUGGCAGAACAAGCUUAUUUGUGUGAUAUAUAUAUAUUGCAUCGACCAAUUGGUCUUAUCGAUGUAUAUAUAUUGAUAUAACUAUAUAUUUAUGUGUGUGUAA